UUGAGAAGGGUGGUCAGAGGGAAAACAUGUUCCCGCUCUCUCCCCUGAGCCGGGGACAUGGCAAGUGGGUCCAGAACAAACAGAAGGUAGAAGUCUAUUUUGAACCAGAGGAUUACUUGAACUGGAAGUCUCCAGAAGAUUAUGUCCUGGUCUGCAAACCGCAGCAUAAGGGCGACCCCACCCAGCACACAUGGAGCCUCGUACUCCCUAAAACUUUCAGCACCAGAAAGGGAGUCCUGAUCCUCUACUCAGAAGGUUUAGCCCUAUCAGCAUGGACGCCCGGAGAGAGGAGAAAAGGCCCCUGGCGCCCCAAAGGCCACGGGAAAAGGCCGGGUCCGAAGCUGCUCACGCUGCGGGACCUCGGAGAAGCCAUCCUGGCUCACGGAAGGAGACAGAGCGACAAGAGGGUGGGGAAGAAGGGAAGUCCUGCCUUCACUCUGGCUCCUCUCAGCAGCCCCAUUCUCCACGUCCCCAGUGGAACUUUCUUCCCAGCCUUCCCCACUCAGAGACUUCAGAUCCCUCCGUUCAAUCCCUCUCUUUUACAAGGGCUCGAUGAAUGGGAAGCUGGGACUGGUGGACCCAGGGACCACGGCUCAGUUGCCAAGAACCACAGCCAUCAGGGGACUCACUUGCCGCCACUCAGGAAGCAGCUCUGGUAGGAAGAUGAAACCCAGGCAGAGGACACGUCGAUAGAGAACCACCAUCGUAUGCAGGUUUCAAAAGAAAACCACAAUGAAAAAACACAGCAAACCUCCAGGAGGGCCUUUGAGCAUGCCCACAUUGAUCACCCUUGGCUCAUGAGUGACAAACCCCACAUUACAUUCUAUGGCAACUCCUUCCCCAAUUGGGAGGCAGAUCUCAGCGACAAACAAGGGAACAUGAAACUCCACAUGGGCGGCAGCAGCCACUUGUCACAGGAGCCUCCUGCUGAAAGAUGUGUUUUCCCUCCUGUGGCCUCUGCCACUGACUCAGAAAAACACACACCUGGGGAGCUGAAGAAGAAAAAGGCUUCAAAGACCUUGAAAUUACCUCCUAUCUCCCAAGAACCACCCGGAGUCCUGGACCCCCUGAAGAGUCGACUUAAAGCCAGAGAGCCCCCAGCAGAGCUCCUCGUCUUCCCAGUGGAGAUUCAUUUCCACACCCAGCACCCCUCAAAGGAGAAAGUGCACAGAAGAGGUGCUGCGCAUGCUGAGUCAGGACCAGAAACAGAAGAGCCCAGUCCUCCCCGGCGGCCUCCCCUGAAGCACGCGUCCUCAGAAAGGCUGGCGGAGUUCACAGUGCAUCUCCCAGGGGACAUGGGCAGGGCCACACUCUCACCUCAAGAUGGAGACACCGCAGCAGAGAAGGUGACCCCACCACUGUCCCUGAACGAGGGAAGAAAAAGUCCAGAGGGCCAGGGGGGCCCGGACGGCCUGAGGACGUCAGGCCACAGCAGCCCCGCAGGCCGCCCGAAUGUGAGCCGUUCCAGGGGCGCACUCCCAGCAGAAGGACAAGAGGAGUCCAGAGACCCCUCUCUGGGACCCUUGUUGCUGGGUCCCGGAGGAGACGUCUGCCUGUCCCUCCCAGGGCCGACCCAAGGAGAGACGCUCCUGUCGGGCGAAGCCUAUGAAUCUGUCAGUUCAAAUUUCAGCCAUGAAAAUGAGGGGUCUCGUAUUCAACAUCUCCUCACAGCAAACACUGAAUUUGGAACCGAUCUUCUCAUGGAUCUUAAUAAAACCUCACCUUUGACCGAAAAGCCAGAGAAGCAGGCAGCCCUGCGGACCUUCGAGGCAGCAGCUCAGAAGGCAGGAGAGCCUCAAAGUUGUAUAAAUAAAGGGCUGAUAUGUUCAAACAGAAAAGAAUUUUGCACGCGCAAGCUGCUCGUCGACAUGACACCGUUCCUGAAGGAAAGUGAAGAUGAACUGGACUAUCACCAAGAAGCAGGAGGACCCCUCAGAGAAGAUCAUCAAGACACCCAAGACCCAGAGCCCAGGAGUGUGACCCUGGACCCUCUCAGUGCUUCCUGGGCUGAAAACAUCCAGAGGCCUGAGGCAGACACUGUCCAAAAGGCGGGCAAAGAUGAUGACAUAUUCCAUCUGCACAGAAGACUCGCAGAACCUGGGCCUGAGUCCCCAGGGAGGUUGGGUCCUGUCGACACACCUCUUCUUCCAAAAAAAAAAGAAGGGAAGACGAAACCAAGAUUGUCCAAGCAGCAAACACCAGCCAGCAUCAGUCGUGAGAUGGAGUCGAUUGACAAUGUCAAGAGAAAGAAAAGAACUAAGACAGACAAGUCUAAGGUGCCCAAUGGGGAGAGAGAAGGAAAGGUCCACAUAGAAACAAAGACUGUUGUUGGAAAGUCAAAGGACUCAAAGGCUAAAAAGAAACCAGAGCUAAUUCCCAAAGGAAAACAAUCAGGAGUCAAAAGGAAAAGGACACAGAAGAAAAGGAGCCGGGAAACAGCAGCGGAGCUGAGGGGGCCUGAUGUCUUCGACGCUCAGGGAACAGAAGAAGGCACCCCAGACAGAGGUUUCCCUCCUUCGGGCUCUGAUGGAGAGGAGCCGUGGCUUUCUCCCAGAGCUGAUGCUCAGGAGAGCCAGGUUUCAAUAGACGGAAGAUCACCGCCCACCCCGACUGUGACUGUCACAGGAAACACGGAAUCAGAAGAAGACAGAAGCCACGGGGAUCCUCCGAAGGAUCUCCUGGCCAAGAGGGAGCAGGAGAAAGCUCUCUGGGACAGGCAGCGAGCAGAAAGGGCCCAGAUGAGACGGCUGGAGGUGGAGAGGAAGAGAAGGGAGCAGGAGGAGCAGAGACGGCUUCGGCAGGAGCAGCUGGAGAGGGCAGAGAAGAUGGAGGAGGAGCUGGAGCUGGAGCAGCGCCGCCGCGCAGAGGAGAGCCGCUUGAGGAAACAGAAACAAGAGGAGGAGCGGCAGAGGCAGGAGGAGGAGGAGAGAGAGCAGUGGCUCCAGCUGCAGGCGGCCCAGGAGAGGGCCCGGCAGCAGCAGGAGGAGUUCCAGAGGAGGCUGCAAGCGCUGCAGAGGAAGAAGCAGCAGGAGGAAGCCGCGCGAGCUGAGGCAGAGAAGCAAAGGCAGCAGGAACUGGAAAUGAAGCUGGCCGAGGAACACAGGCGCCUGGUGGAAAUGGCUGAAGAAGAGCGGCUAGAGUACCAACGGCGGAAGCAGGAGGCAGAGGAGAAGGCUCGGCUGGCAGCAGAGGAGAGGAGGCAAAAGGAAGAGGAAGCAGCAAGGCUGGCUCUGGAGAAAGCCAUGAAACAAGCCCACGAACAAGCCAGGCAAAAGUCUGCUUUGAGGAAACAUCUUCAUUUCUAUCAAGAACUCCACAAGGAAGCCAAUGGCCUGCAGUGGGCACACAAAAUUUCCAGACCAUGGGUCUACUCUUACUUCCAGUUCCUACAAAUACACAGACCUUAA